GCAGAAUCCGCACAUUGGGCCGACUGCGUGCCCAGACUGAAAGGAAGCAAGCACGCUAUAUCGAAUGAACCCUGGUUCCGUCGACGUCAGCGCUCAAACCUUCACCCCAGCCAGGACCAUCAAUCCAUCAUAGCCGCGCCUCAGUUGCUUUUGGCGUCGAGACAUUGAAUAAAAUCAACAUUGAUUCCUCACCUCUCUGACGCGCCCUGGGUCUUGGGAGUGACAGCCGAGCGGGAGCUCGCGGUAAAUCUUCAUCAUGGAGUACGUCAAAGGUGGCUACCGCAUUGCGACCUCCAAGACGGCCCAGCGGACUAUGGUGCAAACCGCCUUCUUGUUCUCUGGCUCCAUGAUCCUGCUCUGUCUGUCAAGCCUCGCGUACAUCUUGUUCUAUCGCAAUUAUCUCCCUGACCAGAUAACAACCAUUCCGCUGCACUUGCAGUACGGUCGUGUGGAGAAGCCGUUCGCGGUAGCUUCCCUUUAUGAUAGAAAUAUCAAGGAUGAGCAGGAAUACGACAUCAGUGUGUCCCUGACGGUGCCGCAUUCGCCGGCAAACCUGGAGCGCGGCAACUUUAUGGUCUCGCUUCAUCUCGCAUCACUCUCCAAGUCGGAGAUCCGUCAGUCGCAGAUACGACCUGAAGUCUUUCUCGAUUCGCCAAAAAUCAUGUACUCGGAGGCACGCCCAGCCCUCCUGCCUUACACCUCGCCAAUCAUAUCGAUAGCGUCGCGGGUCGUCUUCCUGGGCUAUUAUUUACUGAGUUCGACCUCUGAGACGACCGUGCUGGUCGUCCCACUGGCAGAGAGGGUUAUUUUCGGCAUGGGGAGGGAUUCCUUUCCGACGGCACUUCUCGUAGAGAUGGACUCGGGCACGGACGCGCCGUUGCGUACUUAUGCGGCCAGCGUCACCUUUGCGGCGCAGCUGAGUGGUCUCAGGUGGCUCAUGUACCGGCACUGGAUUGCAUCCUUUGUAGUAUUCACGACGCUUUUCUGGAUAUGCUCUGUACUUUUCAUGCUCAUGGCCUGGCUCGUCAUGGGAACAUUGUUCACAGCUCGGGAGCCUGUCUCGACCGAGCUCCCCCCGGCAACCAUCAAGAACGAGCCGCCCGAGGAAGAUGACAAGUACUACGUCGAGGGACCUGCUAUCAAGGAGUUCGACGAUGAUGAGGUCAGCAGUCCGGCCUCACCUGGGACGCCAGGAACGCAAAUGUCGAAGGGUCCUCCGCCCAGUUAUCGAUCGGGCAGCUCCAAGGCGAACAUGAGCACAGGCAUGAGGUCGCCGGGUGCACAGGGCAAAGAUGACUAUGAAAAAAUGCAAGAGCGGUGGAAGAUGGAGCCUGGUGCGGGAACCUCGGGGUAUGAGGGAGAGGGAGAAAGCGAACACAAGCUUCGCCGAAGGUCUUCCCAAAAGAGCAUCGGAUGAUUCCAAAUUAGGAUACCGUUGAUGGGAGUAAAAAGAGGCCGAUCAGAUAUUUGGCAAGCCGGGUGGUUUUUGGGGAAGUUUAUGAAUCAUGGCUGAUGAAGAAUUAACUUUAAUUCUGUAAUUCAGUGAUACUACACGCAUCCAACUUGAUCACUUUGACUUGUGAGGGUAAAAAAAAGUCUGCAGCAUCGUUUCUAGGGUUUUGUUACUGCUGCCUUGCUGCCCGCAAUAGAAUUGCCAAGCGGACCAACAGCGAUUUAGUUUUGGG